AUGGACGACCUAGAUUUUCGUGCGGCCGUUCCGAACCAUAGUUCGCACGCCCAACAAACCAAAAACGGGAAAAGAUUCAUGAAGGCCACCGACAAACCUCUUCCUAACUCCAUAGCCCUUAUAGUCCCCCAUGUCCUCGAUAGUCUUCGCGACAACAUCGUGUGCAUUCCCAAACUCCCAUUAGGCUACAUUGCUAAAUUUCCACACUGCAGAACUUCUGUCAGCCCUUUUCUGAACCCCAUUAUGUCUAAGGACACACGACCCCUGCGCCAAAAACACCACAUCACAUCUCAAUGCAAAGGUUGGCUGCAGCCCACAACUAGCGGGCAUAUCAUCAAUCUCCUCCUCCAUCUCAUCUUCCCCUCUCCGUCCUCCUCAGGCUGUCUCCCUUCCAUUUAUAUCCUCGCGUUUUCCUUAAAUACCUCCGUCUUCUUCUCCGCAACCUCCAUCCAAAUCUACCACCACCUGCAUCAGCGCAAUAAUCCUAUCUGUUGGCUAAAUCAUAGCGUCUGGGCCGAGAGCCUCAAUGUUGCAUUGCGAGGAUGUGGGAGGAGGGGCCAGAGGGGUUGGAGAAGGUGGGGAUAG